AUGAUUCUCGAGCCAAGUCCACAAGUAGGAUUCGGCAUUCCUCCAUGCACUCCCCAUACGAUGUCGAGCUCAUUGCCGCGAUGGGAAGACAACGUCGCCAUCUCCCUCGGUCAAGGGCCUCAAAUACUCAAACAAAGCACAUACUCCCGUUUUGUAAUCCAUCCCCAGGUCGACGAACUGUCGUCUGCUGUCUUGCAUGCUCUGGGAGCUAGUAAAGAUCAACACUGUUUUCUUUUCCCAACUGCGCGGCUAGCAAACGAAUUUCGUCUCUACCUCGAUGCCAGCUUCUCGGCUCCCUGCGCCGUGCACAAUGCAAGUGAGCUCAUCAAUACCCCACCUUGCCAUUCCGUUUUUGCCGCCCUGUUCACUGCGGACUUUCGUGGGGCCAUGAGAUUCUAUAUGUUUACAGGAAGCGGUAUAUCUCCACGUCUUGCCGAGGUCUGUUUGCAACGGUUGAAGGGCCGCUUAAAUCAACCUCUCAGCCUCCCGUCAUCCAACGAGGGUCAUUGUUUUGGAGACUAUUAUAUCAGGCAUUCGCCUCUAGUGUCCACGGAAGCAGCUAAGCAAGCAAUACGGACUCGAUUCGCGGGGAUAUUUGGCAACUCCAGUACCAGAGGCGUCGAUAACAUAUCGGCAGAUGACGUAUACCUCUACUCCUCCGGAAUGCAUGCAAUUUGGGAAACACACAAGCUAAUUCAUGAUGUUCUGGUAUCGCCAAGUAACAAGCUCAAAGUUGCUCAUGUCAACUUCCUUUAUUGCGACACAUACAAGUUCAUCGACUUACCCGGCGCCACCGGUCACCAUUUCUUCACGGAUGAUACUUUGGAUAAAUUAGAGGCGCUACUCAAAACUGGAACACUGACCCAUCCUGCCGUUUUGGCCAUAUUCACCGAUUUUCCCGGAAAUCCGCACCUGACGAGCACCGACAUGAUAAAACUCCAUGCCCUUGCUCGUUGUCACGGCGUCCCACUUAUCGUUGAUGAAACAAUCGGUGGUCUUUUAAAUGUCCAGCUCUUGCCACAUUGCGACGUGAUUGUGAGCAGCUUGACGAAGCUCUUCAGCGGCCUUGCCAAUGUUCUAGCUGGCGCGAUUAUGCUGAACCCAGCGUCACCUUUUUAUUCUCGAUUUAAAACAACUUUGGACGCGACGUAUGAAGACACUUUAUUUCGCCACGACGCACUGAUCCUGGAGAUGAACUCGAGAGAAUAUGUGCAGCGCACCAUUGUUACCAAUAGUAACACGGAGUUCCUAAGUGAUAAGUUGUUUCCACUAUCUCAAAUGGGUGGGGCACACGAGUCUGUGUUGAAGGCGGUUUAUUACCCCAAGUAUCGCUCGCGCAAAAAUUUCGAAAUGAUGCGAAAUUCUCUAGCUGUUGAAGCUGGCCUGGAAGAAACGGGCUACGGCCCCCUUCUCUCUGUCACUUUCACAUCAGUCGAGGCAGCCAAGAUCUUCUAUGCAGCAUUGCGGUGUUACAAAGGUACAACAUUGGGCACUGUCUUCACGAUAGCAACCGCAUUCUCUGCUCUUACCCAUCCCCCGGAGAAGAUGGAUUGGCUGGAGCAACAUGGUGUCGAGGAGUCUCUGGUUCGGUUUAGUGUUGGGAUGGAGGAUCCUGAAGCCAUCUACGAGUGUGUUCGGGACGCCUUAGAUGCUGCUCAAAGGGGUGAUGAAGUCGUGGAGAUGGAAUAG